AUGAAUUAUUUGUCCAUUAAUUUAAGGGGAAUACGAGAUUCCAAAAAGGCGGAUUGGGUUAGGGGCUUGAAAACAUCGCACGGAGCGCAUUUCGUCGCGAUUCAAGAAACAAAGGUGCCAGGUAAUAUAACUUUUUUGGUAAAUCGAUUAUGGGGUAGAUCGUUAUUUGAGUUUGAUGCGGUAGAAUCAACGGGCAGGUCAGGGGGUUUACUUACUAUUUGGGAUCCAUCGAUUUUUGUAAAAUCCGGGGUAGUGAAGAACAGGAAUUUCUUGGCGGUGUUUGGGAAUAUGACAAGUUCAGGAGAUUUAAUAGCUGUUGUGAAUGUAUACGCACAAAAUGAUCCUGGAGACAGACGCAUUCUCUGGGCUGACUUGAUCCAGUUAAAAAAUACAUUUAGUGGGAUGUGGGUUUUCUUAGGAGACUUUAACGACGUUAGAUGGCAAGAAGAGCGUCUAAACUCAGAAUUUGUAGCUUUAAAUGCACAACAUUUCAACCAAUUUAUAGCAGAGGCGGACUUAGUAGAGUAUCAGAUGGGGGGCAGACAAUACACCUACAGGGUCGGAUAA